UGAUCAUAUUUGAUGAGUUCAAUUAGUCCGUUGAUGUCUGAACACGUGCGUUUUAUUUCUUUCAUAAAUAAAUGAAACUUCUGUAAACAAUGACGCUCACGGCCUUCGUGACGUCACGCGGCAUCGCCCCCUGUGAUUGGCUCUCUCUGGAGGUUCGGUCUCGCCACGCCCCCGCCGAAUCGCUUAUGCUGCAGGGGGGCUGGACCGGAGGCAGCUGCUCACCGGGAGACCACCGAGGACCGAGGCUCUGCACCGGGAGCCUCUGCACCGGGAGCCUGUCUGUCCGCCAGGCCGAGGGACGGAGCUUCCCGGAGGCGGCGCCGUGGCUCUGUGGGGAAACCGCUGGUUCGAGUCCCGCGGCAGGAGACGCUGGAGUCCUGAGGUCGUAGAGUUGACCUGUGACCUGGUCCCAGGGUGGGGUCAGGAGCUGGUUGACCUCUGACCCUCAUAAUAAUCCUCUAGCAAGCUUUAGCGAGCUAAGUUUGUCUGCUCGCCGCGAUGCAGACGUCCGACUGCUACAACCAGAGGAACUCGCUUUUCAACACCAUGAAGCGCUUCAUCGGCGCCGUCAACAACAUGGACCAGAUGGUGAUGGUGCCCAGUCUGCUGCGGGACGUCCCGCUGGACCACAGCGGGGCCGGGAAGACGGUAAGCACCGCCGCCAACGGCUUCACCUACUUGGACCAGGACGCCGACAUGUACAGCGCGUACGUCCUGCUCAAGUCCAUCCGCAACGAUAUGGAGUGGGGCGCCCUGCGGGGCGAGGGGCAGGGCAAGGAGCGGACGGGGGCCACGGAGGGCGACGACCUGGAGAAGCAGUUCCAUCACCACCUGAACGGACUCCACGCGGUUCUGUCCGAACUGACCCGCCAGGCCGACUCGCUGACGCGCCGCUACAAGGAGGAGAUCGGCUGCGUGAACUGACCGCUCACACGUUUCCACGACGACGGGGAGCAUCUGGACGUUUCCACGACGACACGAAGCAUCUGGACGUUUGGGGACAAAAAGAUGUACGAUUCUGAUAUUUGUGCUGAUUUAUAUAUAUAUAU